AUGAUGAAUUCGAAUAUUUUAUCGCGGGUGCUGCCUCCUACGGGCUUACCCUCCAUUUACGAAACUAUUAGGCAAGACGACGAAGCCUCUGGGAACUCCGAUAUCGAGGAGCGUGCUGCGAUGGCUCUGGACGAGGAGAACCUUCAGGAGUCUCUGCAUCACUACGAUCCUGACGACGCCGGUAACAGUCAAAUAACUACACAGAGCACUGCAUUUCUGGGACAAGGGCGGCGGCCUCGAAAGCUAUCAGAUACUCAUUCACCAAAGGCAGGAGGAAAUGGAACUAGAUCUGGUCGACCUCGGUGGUUACAACACUUAUCACCCCGUGUAGCCGAAGCUGACGAGGGCGACGAUGACGACGUCCCUGCAUCCCUGUUGAUAGAGGGACACGACCUCGAAGAUAUGCCGCAGCCGCCCGCACCUCCCUCACAUGGAUUGGACUACCGCGACGACGUUUCCCCAGGAGUCGGCCCGUCGUCGACCAGAUCCCGAAAGCGCUGGGAAUCACCACGGAACCGAAGAAAAGGUCAUCAAUUUUUGCCCACCCCGAUCGUCCAGCAAACAAAAAGACCAGGCGGUUUGUCUGGCUUAGCAUCUGCGAGCCCCAAGGACAAGGCAAUGUGGAGGUGGGCGAAUGUCGAGAAUCUCGAUAACUUCCUGAAAGAUGUAUACAUCUAUUACCUGGGAAAUGGCAUUUGGAGUAUACUGAUGAGCCGGGCGCUCAACUUAUUAACUCUCGGCUUUGUGGUAGGCUUUACGACUUUUCUGUCGAGUUGCGUGAACUAUAGUUUGAUUCGCGGCAGUACCUCCCUGCACAACGUUCUUGUGCCGAAAUGUAUGACCAAGAUUUCAACAUCAACCACUCUCCUGCUAUGGCUCUUUACCUUCUUUUGGAUCGGUAAACUUGCCCAAUAUAUACUUGAUAUCCGAAGACUGCGCCAUAUGCAUGAUUUUUACCACUAUCUAUUGGAUAUUUCCGACCCAGAAAUACAAACAAUAUCGUGGCAACAAGUCGUGAGUCGUUUAAUGACUCUGCGAGACUCCAAUCCAGCUACUGCUGCUGCCAUCUCUGCAAGACAUCGUAGGUUCAUGGGCAGCCAGUCUAAACAACGAAUGGACGCACACGACAUUGCCAACAGGCUGAUGCGGAAAGAGAACUACUUGAUCGCUCUAUUCAACAAAGAUAUACUCGACCUCACAUUGCCCGUACCUUUCCUGCGAAACCGACAGUUGUUUUCGCGCACAUUAGAGUGGAAUUUGCAUUUGUGCAUUCUCGAUUAUGUUUUCAAUGAGCAGGGCCAGGUUAGACCGCUAUUCUUAAGGGAUACGCACCGACGAGCUUUGAGCGAAGGGCUGCGAAGACGGUUUAUCUUCGCCGGAGUCAUGAACAUUUUCGUUGCCCCUUUUAUCGUUGUUUAUUUUAUGAUGCAUUACUUCUUCCGAUAUUUCAACGAAUACCAAAAGAACCCAUCUCAGAUUGGCUCCCGUCAAUAUACCCCCCUCGCGGAAUGGAAAUUUCGCGAAUUCAACGAGCUCUGGCAUCUUUUCCAACGUCGCAUAAACAUGUCUUAUCCCUUCGCUAGUCGCUACAUCGAUCAGUUUCCCAAAGACAAGACAGUGCAGAUUUCACGCUUUGUGGCGUUCAUCGCAGGAGCACUUGCUUCAGUCCUGGCGUUGGCAUCACUUUUGGACCCAGAGCUCUUUCUGGGAUUUGAGGUCACUCAAGAUCGUACUGUGCUUUUCUACCUAGGACUCUUCGGUAGUGUGUGGGCUAUCGCUCGCGGGCUAGUUCCAGAGGAAACGCUUGUGUUCGACCCCGAAUAUGCACUUCUCGAGGUGACAAAUUUCACACAUUAUCGUCCAAAUCACUGGGCGGGGCGAUUGCACAGCGACGAGGUCAGACAAGAGUUCGCAAUGCUUUAUCAGAUGAAGAUCGUCAUCUUCUUGGAAGAAAUUCUUAGCAUGAUCUUUACUCCCUUUGUGCUCUGGUUCAGCCUCCCGAAGUGCAGUGAUCGCCUAAUUGACUUCUUCCGUGAGUUUACAGUUCAUGUAGAUGGACUGGGCUACGUGUGUUCCUUUGCCGUCUUUGAUUUCAAGAAAGAUGCUCAGACGAAUCCUCAAGGUCGCGCGCCUCACCACACUGGGCCUCCAGGAGACUUGCGAGACGAUUACUUCUCCACCAAGGAUGGAAAGAUGCUUGCUUCAUAUUAUGGCUUCUUAGACAGUUACGGAACAAAUCCCAAGGCUGCUCCGCCACCUGGUACUCGGCGAAGAUUUCAUCCUCCUCCAUCUUUCCCUGCUCUUGGAUCUGCACAUCCGGUGGUCGAUGCGACUCCCCGGGCAGAUCGUUGGGACCAGAUGGCCCCCCGACAUUCGCCUACGGUAGGCCCUCAGGGGUAUCAUUCCACAUUGCGCGGUUCUCGCAUCGGCGGGGCAGCUGGGUAUAAUUCUCCAUUUCAUUCGAUGCUUCUUGAUCCGCACCACCAACCUUCGGCGUCAGCAUUGCGCUCAGCACCUAGAGUGGGUGCGCAACCUCGGUUCCGACCGUCACGCGCAGCUCCCAGUGCCGUUGAUGGCAUGGAUGACGUGAAAGAACUAUCUGAUAUCGAAGCAUCCACCAAGAAUGCUGUCGGUCAACAAUCUGGUCGGGUUGGGGACGAUUCUACAGGAGCUGUUGCUACUAGUGACAAUAACCUGGAAGGAUCGUGGCGUAUGAACCUGGCAGGAGACGCGGAUGAUAGUGAUAGUGUAGCAGAAGGUGAUGAAGUGGAAGCGAUCGUCAACGGCCCUGGCGGCGUGCUUGGUUUGAUCCAACAGUUCCAGAAAGCAAACAAUGAAGGCAGAGCUGGUGGAGCUGCUGUGAACAUAUGA